AAUUGAAUUUAAUUGAAUUUAAUUGAAUUGAAAGCCUCCAUUGUCAUUGUACAUAUAGUACGAAUUAGAUUUGGGAGAGCAGCUCCUUUAAAGUGCACACACAAUAUAUAACAACACAAGAGGUAGAUGUUGUUGCACAAAGAAAACAAGAAAACAAAGACAAGACAAAAAGGGCGAGACAAGAUAGCAGUGCAGGGUGGUUGAAAUAAUUUUUAUAAUAAUAAAAAACGAAUAACAAAUAUUGUACAGAGAGUGGAGGUAGUUAUUUUACUACUAUUAAUAAAAGUACAGUGGAGAAUAAGGAGAGCGAGUUUGUCUCUGCAGUUUAAUGUAAUAAGUGUUCAAAUUCAGGUUCUGCAGAGUGUCCCACAGUCUAAAGAGACAAUGUCUGAUCACUCACAUCAUUACACAGAGGAGCAAUAAUUAAUGCCACCCAUAUUCUGUCAGUGGCUGCCAUGGGAACCAAACGGUGACGUGACCCGAGGUGACCUCAGAGCGUCGGGCCUUUAGAGAAUCCUCUUUUGCACCUGGACUUGACCGGAGGUAACCCCGUGCAAAAUCUGUCUGCUGGAAACUGAACUUUUGGAAAAGUGAUCUGCUGAAAAGCUUUUUUUGGAGAUCUUGACCGGAGGAAACCUCGAGGAGAAAACUUUUUAUAACCUUCAGUUGUUCUACGGACUCUUCAUGGAGGGGUACCUGCGGGCCAGAGACACAUGGUGGUUUCACUACUUCGCUGAGGGACUCUACUGGCCCAGGAGCAACUUCAUCGAGGAUCCUCCGCCGCCCCCUGCUGAGGAGGAGGAGGAGAUCGACGUCGUGGGUCUGGACGAUGAGGAGGAGCCUCGCAGACCUGAUGGAGGAGUUGAAGAGGAGAUCGACGUUGUUGGUCUGGGGGAUGAGGAGGAGCUGCAGGUGGCUGGGCCUCGGGGAGACGAUGGCGGUGCCGACGCUCCUGACAGGUUUGAGCGACCUGACAGCCGAGGAGAGGAGGAGAGAGAGGAGGAUGCCAGAACUCCCUCUCCUCCUCUUCUGCAUGAGGGUCCUGCUCCUGCUGCUCCUCUUGCUUAUCCUGUUCCUGUUUAUGCUAACCCCUAUACUGCUGCUCAACCUAAUCCCUACACUGCUGCUUAUGCUAACCCUAAUGCUGCUGUUUAUGCUAACCUCUAUGCUGCUGCUUAUGCUUACCACUAUGCUGCUGUUUAUGCUCACCUCUAUGCUGCUGUUUAUGCUAACCACUAUGCUACUGUUUAUGCUAACCUCUACGCUGCUAAUUAUUCUAACCGCUACGCUGCUCAUUAUGCUAACCUCUAUGCCGCUGAUUAUGCUAACCUCUACGCUGCUUAUUAUGCUAACCUCUACGCUGCUCAAUAUGCUAACCUCUACACUGCUGCUUAUGCUAACCUCUAUACUGCUGCUUCUGCUGACAACUAUGCUGCUCGUUACGCUAACCUCUACGCUGUUCAUUAUGCUAACCUCUACACUGCUGCUUAUAUUCCUACUUUUGGUUUCCUCAAUCCUCUUUUUGCUUACCCUUACCUUCCUUUUUACACUGACGAAGCCUCUGAGUUUCAGAUCCCUCAGGUGGAGCCAGAGACCCUCUGGCCCUGGGCCCAUGAAGAGUGAGCAGAGCUCUUCAGCGGUGACGGCCCUGUGGAAGAAGACCCUGCAUCUCCCUCCACUUCUUGUCUCAGCUCCUCCAGGAAGAUGAGGAGGACGAGGGGCCUGCUGUUAGGAGGUCAGAUGACAGUGACUGCGACUCAUGCUGUCUCUCCUCCUCACCACAUGUAGGUUUCUCUCUGAAGGACGCUGCAGUAAUCCUUUCUUAGUCCACUGACACCUGGCCUCUGCGUCUGGCGGGACCAGUGAUUCCAGGGACAGCCCUUGUGUCUGGCAGGGCUGAAGACCCCCGAGGUAGCGUCUUGCACCGGGGGGCCAUUUGUUCCAUCUCCACUUUCUUUUGCACGGCGACUGGAUGGACUUUUCUUUCUUGGAUCCUGGGGGCAGGUCUCUGCGUCUGGCGGGGCCUGCUAGAUCUCAGGUAGCCUUCGCGUCUGGCGGGGUUGUCGACCUCCACCGUGCAUGUAGCCUUUGCGUCUGGCGGGGCUGGAGAGGACAGAAGUAGCCCUGGUCAUGUCUUCGGAUGGACUCAAUCUCCCUGGUCACAGUGUGUGAGACUCUUACUGAUGGAGCUGUGACUGGACCACACAGGGAGAGAGAAGAAAAGAAAAUCUGCAGAAAUGAGAAGAAACCAAACAUCUUCUCCUCAGAACACAGGAACCAGAACCACCUGGUCUGCUCUACACCAGCAGACUGGUGGUGAGGGUCAUUUUUAUAUGGAACAGAAGAACCUGCAGAUCAGAACAACAACUUGCAGAGGUAAACUACAAACAAUCAUUUUAUAUGGAUGAAAAAGGUAAGUAUAUCUGACAAGACAAGACUGAGAAAAGGUAAGAAUGAACUUAUUCAAACUUUGGCCCUUUAAUCUGAGCAGAUGUAACUCUGAGUGCCAUUUGAUGUUUUAAUAGAAGUCUAUAAUUAUUAGUGCUGAUAAGACCUUUAAUUAUUUAUGUCUGUGGUUACUUAUGCAUUAUGUUGAAGUUUGUUUAAGUACAGAGGAAUAAUAAUAAGAUUUAAAGGAGCAUUCCCACAUUUAAAGGCUGAGCAUUCAGGGAGUUAGGCAGCUGAUGUAGUCGCCUUAACCGUUGGCACUUUCAAAGCACUUUAAAUUUCUACCUUCUGACUAACUCUAGUGAUUACUAUAAUCAGACAAACACAACUGUUAGUGUUUACUGUUCAUUCACUCUUCCUCCACCACCUGAGCUGCUGCCGUUCACAUGAUGUGGAACAAGGAGAAGUUAGACUCUAACAAUGCUGCAUCUUCAUUGAUGAAUAUGAUCAUGUUUCAAUAGCCCAGAUUGUGUUUUUCAUUCAAAUAUGUUUUAUGUGUAUUUUUUAAUUUCAGAGACUUUUGCUCCUGAUGUUGAUCCAGAUGUUUCCUUGACGAGAGAAGAAGAAAAGUUUCCUCCUGAUGAGAUGAGAGAGAUGACCGACCACGAGAUGGAGAGCAGAGGCUUCCAGUGAGCAGAAUUUAAAAUUGAAGGAUUCUUCCUGGGUCUCUGGUUCUCCUCAGAGAUGACGUCAGUCAAACUACACAAAGACGACAUCACACAACCAGUUUGAUGAUGAAGCUGCAGCAGCACAGCAGUCCACUGAACACUCUGUACCUCCUUCAGCUCCAGACUUUCUGUCAAGAUGUUCAAUUCAAUCAAAUAAAACAAAAAGUCAAAUAUGAGAAAUGA